UUUAUCCUCACUUACGCCUAGAAGAGCUUACUCGAUCUCCUUCGGAACCCCCAGAAAUCGCAUGCGCACGAUUCCGAGAGAUGCAAAUGUCAAUCUGGCAGGGAAGGAUCCUCAUAGGGGCAGAUGCCUCCAAGUCAAGGAUCCGCACGUCGAUAGGGAUUGUCCUCCCGGACCACAACAUCAGGGAGACCUGGCUGUUACAUAACUAUUGCAGUGUAUACGGGGCAGAAGCCCUGGGUAUAAAACGGGCGUUACAUCUAAGCUCAAGCCUAGACGGUCCGUCAGUCAUAUGCUCUGACAGUAAGUCCGCCAUACAGGAGAUAGGCAAUAUCUCCUUCUCGUCCCCGGCACUUCUUAUCGACAUCGCGGACAAUAUUAGUCAACAUCCCAAACCCAUAGAAAUCGGGUGGACCCCUGGCCACGUGGGAAUUGAUAUCAACGAGGCGAUGGACAGAGCCGCGAGAACAGAUACCCCUUCAGGCUCUUGGCGUGGGUCACUUAUGGCCCGCAACUUAAUCCGGGAGUAUAGAGAAAAACAAAAAAUAGAGAUCACAGAAUUGUGGUCAGAACACUUGCGUAAUAAAGGCCGAGACCACCUUAGACCCUUCGCCCCCUGGCCUUACAGGCACACUUCUUCUCGGAAUGCGGAGACCCUUUUGGCCCGCCUAAGAACUGACACUGCCCCUCUUAACGGGUUCCUCUGUUCUAGAAACCUAUGUGCUUCACCAGACUGUCCACAUUGUGGUGCUCAGGAGACAUCCGGACAUUUUUGGUUGAUGUGCCCGAGAUAUACGGAAGCCCGACAAGAACUCGCUUGUACUCUGAAGAUCGAUCUCGCAAUCAUCAAGACUUUAACACCCAUAUAUUGGGCAAGAACAGACCUCUCACCUAGACAGCACGUGCAGGCCCUCGAACGUUACGUAGCACGCACAUAUCGAUUUGACUAA